AUGCAGUUCACUGAAACUCUUCCAGCUCCACCACUCCAUCUCUCCUCUAAACCAUGCCAAAACUUCACUCCUAUGAACCCAAACCAAAUCCAUCGUACGCGACCCUGGCCAGGAUUUCCAGCGCCUAAUAAGGCGCUUGGAACCUUCGGGGAUGCCAACUGCAUGGAGCAGUUGCUUGUUCGUUGUGCUAAUGCAAUCGAAAGCAAUGAUGCUACUCUCUCUCAACAAAUCUUGUGGGUUCUUAACAACAUCGCACCUUCCGAUGGGGAUUCCAAUCAAAGACUCACAUGUGGCUUCCUACGAGCCUUGAUUGCUCGAGCUGCCAAAACCGGAACCUCUGCCAACGCCGCCAUUCUUGAAGCAGUGGAGGGUUACUCGACUGUUCACAUCGUCGAUUUGAGUCUGACACAUUGCAUGCAAAUCCCUACUUUGAUUGACGCCAUGGCUGGGAAAUUAGAAGGUCCACCUGUCGUGAAGCUCACGAUAGCUGGCGCCACCGAGGAUGUCCCUCCGAUGCUGGAUCUGUCAUACGAUGAGCUUGGGAUUAAGUUAGUAAACUUUGCUCGUUCAAGAAACAUAAUCUUGGAUUUCAAUGUAAUUCCUUCGAGUUCUUCGGAUGGAUUCUCUUCGUUAAUCGAACAUCUGAAGCUUCAAAACCUAGUACAUGGAAACGAGACUAACGAAGCACUCGUAAUAAACUGUCACAUGAUGCUUCAUUACAUACCCGAAGAAACCCCAACAGCAACGACGUCGACGACACCCUUUUCUUUCGAAGACGCAACCCCACGAGCUUUAUUCUUGAAACAAAUCCGAAGUCUGAAUCCAACCCUCGUAGUUUUAGCAGACGAAGACGCUGAUUUCACUUCAAAUAACUUGGUUUGCCGAUUAAGGUCAGCUUUUAACUACUUAUGGAUCCCAUACGACAUAGUCGACACUUUUUUACCAAAAGGAAGCAAACAACGACAGUGGUACGAGGCUGAUAUUGGUUGGAAGAUCGAGAAUGUUAUAGCCCAUGAAGGGUUACAUAGAGUUGAGCGACUUGAGCCACGAGCAAGAUGGGUUCAGAGAAUGAGAAACACAGGGUUUCGAGGGGUUGGAUUUGGAGAAGAUAUCGUAACAGAAGUGAAAGGGAUGCUGGAUGAACAUGCAGCUGGAUGGGGGUUGAAGAAGGAAGAAGAUGAUCUUGUUCUUACAUGGAAAGGACAUAAUGUGGUUUUUACAACUGCUUGGGUACCAACUUAA